AUGGAACCAGUGAUCAAGUCAUUUCUAGACACUGAUCUUUACAAGAUCACAAUGCACGCAGCCGUGCACAAGAACUUCCCAGAUGCCAUUGUCUCCUACAACUUUACCAACAGAACUCCCGAGAAAAAAUUGACUAAUGAAGCUUUGGACUGGCUAAGGUCACAAAUUGAGCUAUUGGGUGAACUAAGGUUUUCAAAAGAUGAAAUUGAGUAUCUAAAGGAAGCUGUACCAUAUCUUCCACAAGAAUACUUUCAAUUUAUCCAGGAUUUCAAAUUAUCACCAAAAGAUCAAGUUGUUAUAAUUGUUGAAGACGAUAACAAAUUGGAUUUAAAAGUUAAUGGGAAAUGGCAAGACACCAUAUUGUAUGAAAUUCCUCUAUUGGCAUUGAUCUCAGAAGCUUAUUUCAGAUUUGUUGAUACUGAUUGGAAUUUGGAUGGCCAAGUUGAAAAAAUACAAGAUAAAGCCAAAAGAUUAAUUGAUGCUAAAAUCCCAUUUUCUGAAUUUGGUACAAGAAGAAGAAGAUCAUUUGAAGUUCAGGAAUUAAUAGUGAAAUCAAUAACUUCUUACACUGAGACUUUACCAGCUAAUGAAAAAGGAUUGUUUUUAGGGACAUCUAAUGUCUUAUUCGCUAAAGAAUUUAAUGUCAAACCAAUUGGUACCGUGGCACAUGAAUGGAUGAUGGGUAUCGCUUCAAUCACAGAUGAUUACAGAUCAGCUAAUAAGGACUCACUCAAAUAUUGGGUUGAUACAUUUGGUCCUGAACAUGCUGGAUUAGCAUUGACUGAUACUUUCGGUACUGAUGACUUCUUGAAAUAUUUCAUACCACCUUACUCUGAUUGUUAUACAGGUGUUAGACAAGAUUCAGGUGAUCCAUUAUUGUAUGCUGAAAAGAUUGCAAACCACUAUUAUAACAAGUUGGGACUAGAGAAGUUCUCUAAAGUGAUUUGCUUUUCAGAUUCUCUUGAUGUUGACAAGGCUAUUUUGUACAAGAAGAAAGCUGAUGAAGUUGGAUUGAAAUCAAUCUUCGGUAUUGGUACAAACUUUACAAAUGAUUUCAAGAGACUAAGUGAUGGAUCUAAAUCAGAGCCAUUAAACAUUGUUAUCAAGAUUUGUGAAGCAAAUGGUAAUCCUUCAGUGAAAAUUAGUGACAAUCUCGGUAAAAACACUGGUGACCCAGCCACUGUGGAAAGAGUGAAAAGAGAAUUGGGCUACACAGAACGUGAUUGGGAAGGUGGCGAUGAGUCCCACAGAUGGUGA